CCAACUGUGAAUGGUGACACACCAGCACCACAACGGAAUGCGACUUGGUAACUACGAGCUCGGUCGGACUCUGGGCGAAGGUAAUUUUGGAAAAGUCAAAUUAGCUAAGAACAUCGACUCCGGCCUUCCUUUCGCUGUCAAGAUCCUCGAGAAGAACAGGAUCAUCCAUCUCAACAUCUCCGAUCAGAUAAAAAGGGAGAUUGCCACCUUGAAGCUCCUCAAGCAUCCAAACGUUGUUAGAUUACAUGAGGUCUUAGCCAGCAAAUCAAAGAUUUACAUGGUCCUAGAAUAUGUAAAUGGAGGGGAAUUAUUUGACAGAAUAGCAUCCAAGGGGAAGCUCCCAGAAGCUCAGGGCAGGAAGCUCUUUCAGCAGCUGGUUGAUGGUGUCAGUUACUGUCACAAUAAGGGUGUUUUCCAUAGGGAUCUCAAGCUAGAGAACGUCCUUGUUGAUGCCAAAGGAAACAUAAAGAUAUCAGAUUUUGGACUCAGCGCUUUACCCCAGCAUUUUAGGGAUGACGGAUUAUUGCAUACAACCUGCGGAAGUCCUAAUUACGUCGCACCUGAGAUCCUCUCAAAUAGAGGUUAUGACGGUGCCACAUCGGAUACAUGGUCGUGCGGUGUUAUUUUGUACGUAAUUCUCACAGGAUAUCUCCCUUUCGAUGAUAGAAACCUGGCAGUUCUAUAUCAAAAGAUAUUUAAGGGGGACGCUCAGAUACCUAAAUGGCUAUCAUCAGGGGCCCAAAACAUGAUAAGGAGGAUCCUCGAUCCAAAUCCAGUAACCAGAAUAACCAUGGCAGAUAUCAAAUCUGAUGAAUGGUUCAAGCAGGACUAUACUCCUGCAGAAGAAGAUAUACAUAUCGAUAAUGAGGGCUUCUCAAUGCAUGAACUGCCACCGGAAGGAGAGAGCAUUCUCAGAUCACCUACACUUAUUAAUGCCUUCCAAUUGAUUGGAAUGUCGUCAUGCCUAGACCUGUCUGGUUUCUUUGAGAAAGAGGAUGUCUCUGAGAGGAAGAUCAGAUUUACAUCCAAUCGUUCUAUGAAGGAUCUGCUUCAGAAGAUAGAAGAAACUGCGACUGAGAUGGGAUUUCGGAUCCAAAAGAAAAAUGGAAAGUUGAAAGUGGUGCAAGAGCGCAAGGAGCAGAGAAGUUUGGGCAGUCUGUCUGUUGCAGCAGAGGUAUUUGAAAUAAGUCCGUCGCUGCAUGUAGUGGAAUUACAAAAAUCUAACGGAGAUCCUUCAGUUUACAGACAGUUAUGUAAAAAGUUAUCAAAUGAUUUGAGGCUCCCCUCGGACGAAGGACUGCUGAUGCGUACACAAGCGUGAACAGGCGAUGCAGCUCACAGUAUAUAUAUAUAUAUGAAUGCACACCUUUUUGUGUAUAUUUAUUUAUUUGACAACAUCCUAUUCUUUUCCAAUCUGUCUUAAUACCUUUUGUUUUCAGAUUUUCAAAAGCAAUGAUCAUAUAGAUUAUUCUACUGCUUCA